AUGACAGGCGGAGCCUGUGGGAGCGCUGGGGGAAGCGAGGAGGAGGGAUACGCAGGCCGGGGCCUGGGCCUGGGCCUGGUCCUGGUCCUGGUCCUGGGCGGGACCCCAGGUGGUCCUCCUGGACCCAGGAGGGUGGAAGGCCUGGGAUUGCAGCCGCGGGGGAGGGGCCCUGCCAGCGAGGGGGUGGGGUGGGGAUGUGCACCGCCUGCCUGCCUGCCACCUCUGUUUGGUGUCCCCCAGGCCCUGGUGGACGAUACUGAGGACGUGUCCCUGGACUUUGGCAACGAAGAGGAGCUGGCCUUUCGGAAAGCCAAGAUUAGGCACCCGUUGGCCACCUUUUUCCAUCUGUUUUUCCGAGUGAGCGCCAUCGUCACCUAUGUGUGCUGUGACUGGUUCAGCAGAAGCUUUGUGGGCUGCUUUGUCACUGUGCUUCUCCUCCUGUCCUUUGACUUCUGGUCUGUGAAGAACGUGACCGGGAGACUGCUGGUGGGCCUCCGCUGGUGGAACCACAUAGACGAAGACGGGAAGGGCCGCUGGAUUUUUGAGGCCAGAAAGGCGUCCCCGCAGCGCAGCGCGGCCACAGAAGCGGAGGCGCGCAUCUUCUGGCUUGGCCUCGUCAUCUGCCCGCUGAUUUGGACCAUGUUCUUCUUCAGCACCUUGUUCUCCUUGAAGCUCGAGUGGCUGGCCCUUGUGAUAGCUGGGAUUUCUCUCCAAGCUGCUAACCUCUAUGGCUACAUCCUUUGUAAGAUGGGAGGUGAGAGGGACAUCGGCAAAAUCACAGCCAGUUUUCUGUCCCAGAUGGUGUUCCAGACGGCCAGCCCAAGGGACUUCCAGAAGCCUGGCCUCAAGGGGCUGGAGAUUCACAAGCAUUAGGAGCUGAUGAGGUGCUCUUCUUUUGGCUGAUGGAGACCACAGAACUCCUGGAUUUCUGGAACACGAGACACAGAAGCAGUGACGAGGAGGCAGUGCCUCUGGCAGCCGUGCCUGUGCUGGUGAGGGCUGAACCCCCAGACGGCCUAACUCCCAAAACAGCCCUGUUCUGCUGCUGCCCUGUCUCCCAUCGGCUCAUUCCACAGAUCAAGAAUCCUGGGAAUGCUGGUAUUGGCCCCGGACACCAUCUUCGUAGUUUCUCACAGACGCCUGGCUUCCUGGGCUGAGGGUCAUCCCAGCCCCUACUAGCCCUCCCGUCCCCACC